CGUCAAUCCACAAAUGGGCCGAUCGUUUCGGAAAAUUUUCCUGCGUGGUGUGAUGAGAGAUUCUUAUUGUUGUCUACCAAACUUGCAUUACUAUCAAAGGGAGGAAAAGGAUUUAUCCGUAGCCUCGUGAUUAUCUCAUGAUUGGUAAUUAAAACUUUCUGAAAGUGGUAAACAUUUAAGAACAAUGAUUUGUUUGUGACCCAAUGCCCUUAGUGGAUUGCAUGAUCUAAUGUUCUGUAAUUGUAUUGUGCGGAAAAAACACCACAGGUAGCUGGGUUAUUCUCUUAAUUAGCCGUAUUUCAUAUUUCCAAAAUGCAAGCCGACACAAAAAUAGAUGAGAAGAGUCUGGUCAACUGCUUUACUUGUCAGUUUCACGUAAACCUUGAUCAUAAAGUUGAGAACACGCGCCCGCAAAAUCCCUUCCCACCCCCUGUGGAGUUGGGUUUUGUUUUUUGUUUAUCCCAUGACAAGGCACGUGACUUUCUCAUGAUGUCUAUAAAAAUUUACAAAUAGCGGAUUUGUUGAUGAAGUUGAAAUGAGUGCGAAUCGUUAGCUGAAUGAACUUAUUGUGGCUGACUUGACAAUCUUAAAUCAAGAUUUAAGAUUUAAUUUAGUCAGCAGAGAGAUAAGUUAUUCCUUGCCAUCGACAAAAUUUUCGUGACGGGAAGUCGAUUUCGGUAGGAUCGCAGUAGUAAGUAAUCUUCCUCGUCGCUUUUCAAUCAAAGUUGUCGUUCGUCAUCCACUGACAGUGACUUAAACAUGGCUCGAUGUAUCGAAGGAACGAUGAAAAUGACCUGGAGAACUAGAAUAUGCUACGGGGUCGGUCAUGUUCUCAAUGACCUCUGCGCUUCAAUGUGGUUCACCUAUCUUCUGCUCUACCUUCAUAAGGUUGCUCAAUUUUCAAAUGUGGCUUCGGGAACUUUACUUUUGAUCGGUCAAGUCGCUGAUGCUCUUUCCACGCCGUUUGUUGGUGUGGAAUCUGAUAAAACCGGAGAUUGUAGAUACGGUCGUAGAAAAGUCUGGCAUCUCGUUGGAGUUGUGUGUGUUGCUUCUUCGUUUCCUUUCAUUUUCAACCUCUGUAUUGGUUGUGAAAAUGCAUCAACUUGGGCCUUGUUUGUGUACUAUGUUCCGUUUAUUGUGAUAUUCCAGUUCGGCUGGGCAUCAACGCAAAUUUCUCAUUUAAGCUUGAUUCCAGAACUGACGGACUGCGAAAAUGAAAAAGUCACUUUAAAUGCUAUCAGAUAUGCUGCGACAGUUUCAUCAAACAUUUUUGUCUUUUUGGUGACAUGGGUUCUUAUAAGUACAGAAGGAAAAGGCUCAGACAAACUUUCUCCUUCAGACUCGACAGCUUUUAUGUAUGUUGUAUUUAUUGUGGUUGGAACUGGUCUCCUGUUCAUGCUCGUGUUUCAUAUUGGACUGAAAGAGCCUCCAAGAAGUUGUACGUAUAUAUUUGCAAAUGAAAAAAGUAAGAGAAGUGCUGGAAACUGGAUGCAUUGGUUUAAAGAAAUCCAGUUCUAUCAGGUGGCUGCUCUGUAUAUGUGCACUCGUCUGAUUGUUAACAUCACGCAAGUGUAUAUCCCCAUGUAUGCUCUUGAAACACUGUUGCUGAGCAAGGACACCAUUGCUAAAAUCCCCUUAGUCAUUUAUGUCUCUGGAUUUUUGUCCACAUUCCUUUCAAAACCAUUGAACAAAUGUUAUGGUAGGAAGGGAACAUUUUUCCUUGGAAUUCUUAUGAUAGGAGGGGUGAGUGCAUGGAUGUAUUACAUAAAUGAGAAGGACUACACAUCAGCAUAUGGAGCCUCUGCAUUAUUAGGAGUCGGUGGAUCGACUUUACUUGUCACUGCACUGACUAUGCUCGCAGAUCUGAUUGGGGAGAAUGUGGAAACAGGUGCAUUUGUUUAUGGAGCAAUGAGUUUCACAGACAAAUUAUCCAAUGGAGUUACAAUUCAACUCAUACAGAUAUUUCAUCCAUGUAACAAAUUGGGCGAAUAGCAUCAGACACCAACAAACUGGAGAAAGACGUGUGUUAGUCACGUGUACUUCUUACUGGUGUUCCUGUAACAACUGAUUUGCAAGAACACAUAAAUUAUACCUGAAAAGUCAAAUGAAAGACAUGUGUUCAUCAGAGGAAUGGUGUACUGGCAUGCAACUCAGUAGACUUUGCCAAAUGAAGUAUCUUUCAAAUCCACAAUCAAGGUAAAAUAUUACCAUCCUUCCAAUUACUUGCAGAACACUUUCAACAUUACUGAUCCUAGUAUUAUGUGGACUUUUUGUCACUUAUAAACUUGAUAUACAACCCACUUAUUGCAUAGUUCACCAUUUGGUGACUCCCAUCAUCAUUAAGAAAUUUGUUUCAAUAAGAUUUGAGCUUGCGUGAAAUCAACACAGUUGAGACAGAAACUUUGGCAAAUUUGUCGUGUUGUAAAGUGCGCCAUUUACCUGGGUUGUACCGUGUUUAGGGCAGAACUUUAAGGCGUUAUUUUCCUUGGAAAGGCGUUUAAUUAGGUGCGGUAUUGUUGCUGUAAUCUUUAGGCCUUUCCAGUCUUCUAAGAGGUUAUGACGUCAUGCUAACGUGUCAUAGAUAUAAUACACGUCAUAACAGCGUGUAUUAUAUCUAGAAUGAGAACAUUUAUACUGUGUAAUCUUAUUUUUCGUUUUGAUUAGUACUCUAAUCAUAAUAUGAUUACUUUACGCCGCCUUAACUUGCAGUUGAUUAAUGCCAGCUAAUAUAACUGUCUUUAGCCAGCAUCUGCUCGCUUGUUUACCUGUGCGCCAGGUUGCGCCUGUUUAGACUAGUUAAUUCAUUUUGAAUGUCCCGUUUCUAUACUUUUGUGUGCUCGAAAAGUCGUGUUGCAGUACUUAGUCCUUGGAAUGGAAACUCUACAGCUUCCCCUCAUGGAAUACGACGCAAUCAUCCUCAUAUGUACGAGUUUAUAUCAACCAACUUCAUGGUCAUGUAGUUACAAUUACGCUGUAAUAGGUCGUUUUUUGAAUGCAAAUCGAUAGUUGUACUGUAUAAGUCCCAUGUGACCUGCAAGGACACAUUCUAUGACACCCUGCAGUAUUCACGCUUUUUAAGACGUCUGCCCCUUAAAAAUAAGCUGUUCACAUGAUGUCCAAUUCCUCUGCUUGAAAACGGGAGAAGUGCAAAGUCAUUUCACUUUGUACUUAGCCUCGUUUAAGAGUGAGGGUUUCUUAGAACUCGGAAUGGUUUAUCGUGGUUAGUUUAACCGUCAAUAGAGAGUGUAAAUCCAAAAGGUAGGGAGAAAUACUAGAGUACGUGUGAGUACAGAAGGUAAAGAGACCUAGCCUUUUGGCUGCUGACCACUUCUCUUCAACGCGCCCUUAAGUAUUUAACUUGAGCAAACGAGAGUGAUAGAACUGUUUCCUCUCGGGCAAUGCAGCGCGAAGCCUCACUGACCAAAAGUGACUAUACUUGGUAUGACUGAACUUACGAGCUCUACCAACUGAACUUAUUGAUUUGCUGAUAAUACAGUUAUUUUUAUUUCCUUAGGACCUGCUGUGCAGGAUGUGAAAUAUAUUACAAAGAGGUCAUGGUGUUUGUUACGGGUGGAGCAACCAUAAUUUCAUUGCUGGUUCUAAU